UCAGCAAAACAGGAGAAGCUAGCUAGCACGUACGGCCGGGAGGCAGCAGCAUCGAUCUGCAUGUACUGCGGUUAAUCUGGAGUUUAUACAGCAAGAGCAAGCUGUACCGUACGUGCGAGCGAUCGAUCGAUAUGGAUGCUGGUAACACGAUCGCGUCCUCUCCUCGCCCGCUGGUGGCGAUGACGAUCACCGCCGUGGUGUCCGUCGUCGUCCUCGCCGCCGCCAGCUGCAGCCCGGCGGCGGCGGCGGUGCCUGCGGUGUACGUGCUCGGCGACUCGCUGGCGGACGUCGGGAACAACAACCACCUGCUGACGCUGCUCAAGGCGGACUUCCCGCACAACGGGAUCGACUACCCGGGGGGGAAGGCCACCGGCCGCUUCAGCAACGGCAAGAACUUCCCCGAUUUCCUCGCCGAGAACCUUGGAUUGGCGACAUCGCCACCGUAUCUGGCCAUAUCGUCAAGCAGCAAUGCUAACUACGUCAAUGGCGUCAACUUUGCUUCAGGUGGCGCCGGAGUUCUCAACUCUACGAACAAGGAUCAGUGCAUCAGCUUCGACAAGCAGAUCGAGUACUACUCCAAGGUGUACGCGUCGCUGGUGCAGAGCCUCGGCGAGGCUCAGGCGGCGAACCACCUGGCGAAAUCCCUCUUCGCCAUCACCGUCGGCAGCAACGACAUCAUCGGCUACGCCAGGUCCAGCGCCGCCGCCGCCGCCGCCAUGGCCAGCAGCGACCCUCAGCAGCAGUUUGUAGACACGCUCAUCCAGUCCCUCACCGGCCAGCUACAGAAGCUGUACGAUCUGGGAGCGCGGAAGCUGCUGUUCCUGGGGACGGGGCCGGUGGGGUGCUGCCCGUCGCUGCGUGAGCUGAGCGCCGCCAAGGACUGCAGCGCCGUCGCCAACGACGCGUCGGCGCGGUACAACUCGGCGGCGGCGUCGCUGCUGCGCGGGAUGGGCGAGCGCCACGCCGACCUCCGCUACGCGCUGUUCGACUCCUCCGCGGCGCUGCUCCGCUACAUCCAGCAGCCGGCGGCGUACGGGUUCGCGGAGGCGAAGGCGGCGUGCUGCGGCCUGGGCGACAUGAACGCCAAGAUCGGCUGCACCCCGGUCAGCUUCUACUGCGCCAACCGGACGGGCUACGUCUUCUGGGACUUCUACCACCCCACCGAGGCCACCGCGCGGAAGCUCACCGCCGUCGCGUUCGACGGAUCGCCGCCGCUCAUCUCCCCGGUGAACGUCAGGCAGCUCAGUGCUAUGUAGGAGCCGCCGCACCGCCGCAUGCAAUCCACGGUGUAUACUCGAGCGAGGCUUGUUACAACAUAGGAAAAUGCAAACAUACCAGUGUUGUAUACCUACGAUUGCUAGAGGAAAGAAUGAUAGGAAUUAAUGCAUUACAAUUGAUUAUUGAAGUAAUUUGUCACGAAUUUGCAUGGAAUUACAUGUUCUUUCUAAAACUCGGACUACUCCAUAUAUAAAGGCUUUUA